UUCUGGCGAGCCAGGCAAGUGGGCGACCGGGGUCACUACGGAGCUGCUCCUUCCUGCUAGACCUGAGGUUCCAGAACUCGCUUCGAAGUUGCCUCAGGUGAUGGGGCCAAAGGCUGCAGAGACGUCGCCGACAUAGUCGCUCAGACGCUCUCCUCUCAGAUAGCCUUCUCGAUGUUCAGUCCCCUUCCAAUCUCUAGACUUGCUGAUAGUCUAGUCCCCACAGCCAUUAUAUGAGUGAAUGAUUCAUUAUUCAUUAUCCUCCCAGCACCAAGGAGAUCCAGUCUUGCUACCUAGCCAAGUCCAGUCAUGCAGGGUCAGGAAGAUGGAGACAGCAUCCUUCCUUUUGCCAAACUGGAGUUCACAUUUUCUCAGAGUAGAAGCCAGUAAGUCCCAGCAAUACAGUAUCCAUCCCUUCCAAGGUGUUCCAGAGUGGUCAGCCGAUUUUCACCCCGAAGCCUGCCUUCCCAGAAUAGCAGACCAAUGCCUCAGCCUUAUGGAGAGACCUUCUGGGAGAAUCUUAGCCAAAGGUCUAGCUCCAACUGGAUGGGAGAACAGUACAUUCCACCAAUUCUGAGGGCCACUGGUUGCUCCCAGCCUGGCCUGCACCCUCUUGAGGGGCUCCCUCCUCCUGAGAAGCUUUGGAGAAGAAAGAGAAGGAAGCUGCAUUUGGAAAGAAUGCAGAAGGGCCCUGGAAGCAUUCCAGCCCGUGUGAGAGCAGUUACUUAUCAUCUGGAGGACCUGAGAAGGCGCCAGGGACUCAUCAAUGAACUGAAGAAGGCCCAGUGGGGCAGCUCCGAGGCUAUGCCUGACCUCCCAGUGCUUGAAGAGGGCUGUGAACUUCUCAGCACUACAAAAUACCUUGAUGUGGAAGAAGAGAGGGCAACUUAUCCACAAGAAGAAAAUUAUUUUAUCACUCCCAGGGAUCAGCUGCUUUGGUCUCCCUGGACUCCUGUAGGCCAGCAGGGAUCCUCUGGGCAGCUAAGCUCUCUGGCCUACAGCACUGUUACAGCCAGAAAGAACCCCAUUUACAAUCCCCAGAGGAUGGAGUUGGAGUAUGAGGAGUAGUGGGAAAUCGUCCAAGCCCAAGCUACGGGACCCAAGACCAAUUCAAACAUCAAGACUCCCCAUUGCUAGCUUCAAGGCGGUUGUUUCCUCUCUCCUAACCCUAACUGUUGUCUCCAUCCCAUAGAGUAGGCAUUCACAGCCCACUUGAGUUCCUGCCCAAUUAUCCUGCCCACUCACAGCCGGGUUUUUCUCUAGGCCAGACCCUGGUCUUGUGUUCUCUCUGUUCUGUUAUUAAAGAGCCCCAAGUAGUCUUGUUU